AUGCCCACCAGCAACCGAGAGGCAGCCACAGCCACAGCCACAGCCGCAGCGCCGACGGCGGCGUCAGCAUCAGUACAGACAUCAUCCACACCGCCGCCAGACGCCAAGAUCAGCGCCGCCGAUGGCCGGUCCUACUGGCAGGGCGUCGAUGCCGAUGUCAACGGCAUGCUGGGCGGUUUCCCCUACAUCAGCAAGGUCGACCUGCAGGGCUCGCGUAACUUUCUUGCCAAACUGGGCAUUGGCUCGAAGAGCGGUCUGCGGCCGGUGAGCCGCGCUCUGGAAGGCGGGGCCGGCAUCGGUCGCAUCACCGAAGGUUUCCUACUCGAUGUAGCCCAACAGGUUGACGUCGUCGAGCCCAUUGCAAAGUUCACCGCUGCUCUCCGGGAGAAACCCGGCGUCGGGUCUGUGUUUAACAUCGGCCUCGAGGAGUGGAGACCCCUCGAGGGCACCUCAUACGACCUUGUCUGGAACCAAUGGUGCCUGGGCCAUCUGACCGACGACCAGCUCGUUGACUACAUGCGUCGUUGCAAGCAAGUGGUUGCCCCCAAUGACGGUCUCAUCGUCGUCAAAGAGAACCUGAGCACUAGCGGCGUCGAUCUGUUCGACGAGGUUGACAGCAGCGUCACGAGGGUGGAUGACAAGUUCCGCGCCCUCUUCGAACAAGCGGGUCUCCGCCUCAUAAAGACGGAACUGCAACGUGGCUUUCCCAAGGAACUGUUCCCGGUUCGGAUGUACGCGCUCAAGUAG